AUGCUGCUCUGCCGACCCCCCAGUUGUGAGGCCUAUCCUCAUGAUGUGGUCUACCUUCACUCCCGUGUACUGGAGAGAGCAGACAAAAUGAAUGAUGCUUUUGAUGGUGUCUCGUUAACUGCUUUACCAGUCAUAGAAACACAAGCUGGUGAUGUGUCUGCUUACAUCCCAACAAAUGUCAUUUCCAUCACUGACAGACAGAUCUUCUUGGAAACAGAAUUGUUCUACAAAGGUAUCUGCCCUGCCAUUACUGUUGGUUUGUCUGUGUCCUGUGUCGGAUCUGCUGCCCAAACCAGGGCCAUGAAACAGGUGGCAGGUGCCAUGAAACGAUUUGGCUCAGAAUCGUGA